GCUGUUGCUCGACCGAAAGCCCUUUUACCCCUCCGCCGUGUGCAGAGGAAGAACCGCGCUCCAAACCCUCCCCGCCUUCCCCUUCCUUUUCCUUGAUAUACGGAGAUGGAAUCCUCGGGUUCCUCUCCGACAGCGGCGGCGUUCCCGAGGUUUCUGUCCUCUCAACACCACCACGAGCGCAAGAACGACGACUAUGCCGAUCAAGACCACUCCUUCCCCCUCCUGAAGAUGGUCAAGCCCUGGCCUCCCCUUUCCUUCUACCCCUUGUCUUUCUCACCCGCCACCGUCGAUGAUGCGGACGAGGAUCUCCAAUUCUUCGUCCGCUUGCUAACGGGGGAAAGCCUCGUGAUCCACGCCCGUCCCACCGACACCGUAGAUUCCGUCAUCGAACGGAUCGAGAAGGUCACCGGGAUCCCCUGCUACCAGCAGCGGUUAAUCUAUCGCGGCCGCCAGCUCCAGGGUGAUUCCACCCUCUUGGAUUCGGCCGUGAAGAAGGACACCACCCUCCAGCUGACCUGCGGCCUCAGAAGCACCGAUCAGCCGACGUCUUGGAGGGUCGUCAGCGACCUCAUCUCCUCCAUCUGGUUCCUCAACACUGCGGCCCCCGGCACUCAUUCCAGUGUUCGGCAGUGGAACACUGUGGACCUGCUCGUGAAGCGGUUCCUCGCCAACACCCUCUUAGACUCCGAUGCCGAUAAAAAGAAGAUCUCAGCUCGUCUCCAUGUCUUUAUUUUGGCGGGCGCCCCUUCCGAACUCGUGAAGUUGUAUCUUUCGCCAGUACUUGAAAACCGUGUAAUCGCCGCUGUUGCCAUUCGGAUCUUUCUCACCCCAGAUCCUGACUUCCUUCCCGCACAGAUGCACUUGCAUUGCGCUCCUAUAGUGCUCACCUUCUGCAAGAUGCUCGCGGCAUCAGUGGGCAGGAAAGAUCGGCUUUAUAUUGGGUGUCGCAGCACAUUGGCCCGGCUUCUCAAGUCGGGGCCUCCCUACUAUGUUCAUUGGACGUCCGUUCACUUGCUUACGGAUUUGCAAGUUUUCAUCGCCGAGCUUGUUGGGUUAGCGGAUGUGGCGCUCUCAUCACACACCAUGUAUAUCUCCUACGUUGUUAUCACUGAUCUCUCCAAUUUCUUGUUUGCAGUGCACCAUGUGACCCAGGAUCUGAAGGGCACAGAUGGGUUCAUAUCUAAGAACUACUUUGACCCUGGGUACCCGAUGUACGAAAAUAUCAUUGGUGUGUUGCAUGACCUAUUCUUCAAGCUCCUGAACAAGGUCGGCCAGUGUCUUAUGAGGGCAGAGGAUAUAAUGGACCUGAGGGGGCUGGCACGAUGCGAGGUACAACUUAAAACCUGGUCGCAACUGCUAGAGGUUCUGGCAGUGGUUAAAGUCUUCUCCGACUUGUUUGAGGGUGCUGGCCAGUUUCUUCAUUCACUUCUUCUCAAGCAACGGAGGAUGUUGAAUGUUCUUCUCAGACGUGCUAAGAGGGAUCAUAAGCUUCGCUGGUUUCUCAAGUAUAAAGAUGUGACUGAUUUCGCUGCGAGGAGGAAUUUGGUUCUGAUGAUGCUUCCUGUAGCAAAGGAGGAAGACGAGCUGCAUGAGAUGCUCAUUGACAGGUCGCAGUUGCUGCCUGAGUCCUUCGAAUAUAUUGGCCAGGUUGAUGCUACUAAAUUGCAUGGAGGGCUUUUUAUGGAGUUUAAAGAUGAGGAGGCCACAGGUCCUGGUGUUCUCAGAGAGUGGUUUUGUUUGUUAUGCAAAGCUAUUUUUAAUCCUGAUAGUCCACUUUUCCUGCCGUGCCCACACGAUCACCGGCGAUUUUUUCCAAAUCCUGCAUCCGCCGUGGAUCCCUUGCACCUAGAAUACUUCAACUUUGUGGGGCGAGUGAUUGCAUUAGCUUUGAUGCAUAAAGUCCAAGUCGGUGUUGUGUUUGAUCGUGUAUUUUUCUUGCAACUAGCUGGAAAAUCUAUUACUUUCGAAGAUGUGUGCGAUGCAGAUCCAGUUUUAUACAGGGGUUGCAAACAGAUACUUGAGAUGGAUGAAGCCUUUCUUGAUUCAGAUGCUUUAGGACUAACAUUUACCAGAGACAUUGAAAUGCUGGGGUCAAAGACAACAGUUGAGCUUUGUCCUGGGGGGAAGAAUAUUACUGUAGAUAGCAGGAAUAGAGAAGAAUAUGUCAACCUCAUGAUCAAGCAUUGCUUUGUCACAUCAAUUUCUGAACAGAUUGCUCGCUUCGCUCAGGGUUUUAGUGAUUUUCUCUCUAAUUCAGAGGACCUGCAGUUUUUCUUCAACAGUCUGGACCUGGAAGAUUUUGAUCGAAUGCUAGGUGGAAGUAAUAAUGUCAUCAGUGUGAGAGAAUGGAAAGAACAUACUGACUAUGAUGGCUACAAGUCAAGAGAUCCUCAAAUCUGUUGGUUUUGGAAGAUUGUUGAGGGCAUGCCCGAGGAGAAAAGAAGACGACUACUUUUUUUCUGGACAUCCAUCAGGUACUUACCUGUAAAUGGAUUCCGUGGCUUGUCUUCCAGAUUGUACAUAUAUAGGUGUUCAGAUUCCAAGGAGCGUCUACCAACAUCGCACACAUGCUUCUUCUCCCUUAACCUGCCAGCUUACAGCACAAAAUCCAUCAUGCGAGAUCGGCUUCACUUGAUAACUCGGGAACAUGUUAGCUGCAGUUUUGGCACCUCAUAACUGUUCGGCGAUGAGAGGGAUCUGGGUUCUCUGUGCAGAUGUCUUUUUUGUCCAAAAUAAUGGUCGGGAUAGGCCAUUAGGACCUGCAAUCUCUCUCUCUCUCUCUCUCUCUCUCUCUAUAUAUAUAUAUAUAUAUAUAUAUAAUCUUUUUUUGGAUCGAAUUGUAAAUAGAUAGGUUGUUAACUACAACAUGAAGUGACACAUGCAAAAAGGAACUAAUUUUUCUCUA